CAACAAAACAAGUCUUGCUGAGCUUUUAGUUACUUAAGUACUGGAAACCCUCAGUAACUUCAUAACGCUCCAUUCAAACAAUGAAAAGGUUGCUAUGAUUUCCUCAAUUGAUACCAAAUUUUUAAUUUACUUUGGCAUAGCAACAAACGUCAUGCUGAGCGGUUUUGUCUAAAUAUAUCGUCACCUAAAGCUGCAAACCCACUUUCAGAACAUCACAUAACAUCCAAGCGUGAAACUGGACACAUCAAUUUCGAUGUUGUCCCGAGAACUCUAAUCAUGAAGAACCCUUCCAGAGUCGCGAUUCCUGAUAACUCAAGACUUGCUUUGGAUACAAUUCUGGUCGUACUAAUGACAAUUGUUCUUUCUGAUGGCUGCAAAAUAAUGAUAUGGCACCCGGGACACCAAAACAACACCCUCAUUAACCACGACUUUAAGACCGUCUGGGCGAGCUCCGAAGCUCAGUGUCGCAUCAAAUGCUGGGCUGACGAUAGAUGUCUCUCGUAUAACUUUGGACCAGUCAGUAGAAUUUCUGCGAAAUGUGUUUUUAACCACGCCGAUCAAGUGAUGUACCCAUUAGACUUGGUGGCCACGCCUGAUCAUGUACACAGAUCUUCUCAGAACCCUUGCAAUUGUACAAAAGGACUCAUCUGUCGAGUGAACUUCAGUGACAACACCCAUCGCUGCGAGUGUCCACCUGGGAUAUCCUCUUGCCACGGCACAGCCACCACAGCCGCCCCAGCCACAGCCACAGCCACAUCAACACCACCACGAACGGGGUCAGCCCGAGAUAUCGAUGAAUGCGCAAGCGACCCCUGUCAAAACGGAGCUACAUGCAAUGACGGCCUAAACAACUACACGUGCGCAUGCAUUUCUGGAUUCACAGGCACAAACUGCGAGACGAAUAUCGAUGAAUGCGCAAGCGACCCCUGUCAAAACGGAGCUACAUGCAAUGACGGCCUAAACAACUACACGUGCGCAUGCAUUUCUGGAUUCACAGGCACAAACUGCGAGACGAAUAUCGAUGAAUGCGCAAGCGAACCCUGUCAAAACGGAGCUACAUGCAAUGACGGCCUAAACAACUACACGUGCGCAUGCAUUUCUGGAUUCACAGGCACAAACUGCGAGACGAGUAAGUCAUAUAUCGAUGAAUGCGCAAGCGAACCCUGUCAAAACGGAGCUACAUGCAAUGACGGCCUAAACAACUACACGUGCGCAUGCAUUUCUGGAUUCACAGGCACAAACUGCGAGACGAAUAUCGAUGAAUGCGCAAGCGACCCCUGUCAAAACGGAGCUACAUGCAAUGACGGCCUAAACAACUACACGUGCGCAUGCAUUUCUGGAUUCACAGGCACAAACUGCGAGACGAGUAAGUCAUAUAUUGAACAAUAAGGCCUCGAGGCGAAUGGACUGUGAUUGAAUAGACCAUGAGGGCGAAGGCCGUUGUUCUAUUCAAAAUCAUAGACCAAGAGGCCGAGGUGUCUAAUUGUUUUAAAAUUUACCAACUAGAUGGUCAAACUCAGCCAA